AGAAUUGGUAAUCCACUGAUUAAAUCCAACGCGGCUUCUUACUUGAUUCCUUUGCGUUCUAUUGCUUUUAUUUCUCCCACCUUUACCCAAACUUUCGAAGAAGCACCGGCGUCAGUCCUGCACUCCUGCUGCCCCAGUUUUCAUCACUUUCUUUUUUCUCCCUUGGGUAACAGUACAGACGAAAAGAGGAGGAAACGAGGAAUUGAUCGUUUCCUGCUUCUGUUGAUAGUCCGAGGACCAUCUUUGCGUUGACCGGAGCACCAGCUUCCGAUCUUAGCAGUGCUCUUAGGAUGGUGAAAGAAACGGAAUACUACGACGUCUUGGGCGUCAGCCCUACGGCUACUGAGGCGGAGAUCAAGAAAGCUUAUUACAUCAAGGCACGGCAGGUCCAUCCGGAUAAAAAUCCCAAUGAUCCCCUUGCGGCACAUAAUUUUCAGGUUUUGGGGGAGGCAUAUCAAGUACUAAGUGAUCCAGCACAACGGCAAGCAUACGAUGCUAAUGGGAAAUCUGGAAUUUCAACGCAAGUUUUCUUUUCCUGUACCCACCCAUUUGAUAAAAUAAGUUCCUUCAUUUUUCCUUCUUUCUUUUUUCUUCUGUUGAUGACCCAAUUUGUUAGAGUGAAAAGAGCUUUUUUUUGGGUGGGGGGGGGGGCUCAGAUGGCAAGAAGGCUUGAAUUCUACCAACAUUGA